AUGAACGAGACAACGGCGAGCACUGACAAUAUCAGCUUGUUGAGUAAAAUCACUACAACAGGUAUAUAUGCGAACAGGGGACUUAUCGCUUUGCAGGUACAGGUUGAUAAAUCCCGUUGUGAGUCCGGAUGCAGCCACACGUCGUCCUUGAUAUCCGUGAGUGAGGCGCCUCGACCCAGCACUUGGGCUUUUCUGGCUGGAAACCUCAUCCUUUUCGAACACAAGUCCGGCCACUUUGGUAAAAAUUUUCUGGAUUUAUAUGAGCUUUUCCUGAUUGUUGUGGACUUCGCCACAUUAGCCCAAAAUGGUGAUCCCCCUCUGUACAAGCCAGUAGUUGCUGUGCCACUAACGGUACCAAAAAUCGAUGAAUAUUAUCGGAAGACUAAUAAAUAUCGAGUUCAUGCUCGGAUAUGCACUGCUGAUGAGCUCGAGUUCAGUGCUUCCCCCCUUUGGUGUGGAUUCACCAGAAUAAUUGCGCUAGGACACGAGGACGACUUUUUAAACAAGAGUGAUGUGAAUGUGAACAGUACAUUUCCCGCAAACCCCAAAACAGAUAUCAAAAAGUUGUCCAGCGGGUUUCAAACGUCUGUGGCCCUACCCGACCGGGAAGUCUUGACAAGCGGAUGGUCAAUCGAUCGUCAAAACUAG